AUGUUUGUGACUCUGAAAUGUACUCCGAACAUUCCAAUAAUCGCUAAAUAUUUGGCGACCGUUCCCGGGAUAAAAAGGACCACGAAAAAAACUCUCUGCUACCUCGGCCGACUCAUCAAAAUUCUCGUGGUGGCUUUGGACAAAGAUACAAUGAGAUUUGCUUCGGCACUGGCAUUACUAACGGUGUCGUCGCUCUACCAAAGACUGGCGGUACGCCGAGGAGAAUUUACGGCUGGCGCUUUGGAGCAGCCGGGACGGAGGCGGUCUCAAAGAGUCGGAGCAGCUCACCUUAAACUGGAACACUUCAGCGUGAAUACCAUAUCACUUUCAUCAAGCGCGGCACUCGAUGAGAAAGAAUCGAUCGGGUAUGAGGAGAAUGUUCCAUCUUCAAUAAUCAACGCCCUAGGGGAGUUCGACCCUGGCGGUGGUUCCACUGAUGUCCCGUCAGCCGUUCCCUCGAAAGUUUCCUCAGACUCACCUUCUGAUACUCCAAGUGAUACUCCGCAGAGGAUCAUACCCACCUUUGCGUCAAGUAGUUACCCUUCAUUGGUUCCCACCAUGUCAACGUCGGAUGUCCCGUCGUCGCUUCCGUCUGAUGUUCCGUCAACAGUACCAUCGGAUGUCCCGUCGUCGAUUCCGUCGGAUGUGCCGCCCACCACACCAUCGGAUAUUCCUUCUUCAGUCCCCUCCGACGUGCCGUCUACCAUACCGUCGGAUGUCCCUUCGCUUUUUCCGUCUGAUGUACCGUCCACUAUACAAUCGGAUUUUCCUUCUUCAGUCCCCUCGGACUUGCCUUCCACCAUACCGUCGGAUGUCCAUUCGUCGAUUCCGUCUAGUGUUUUGUACUCUAUACUAUCAGAUGUUCCUAAUUCUCUCUCAUCCGAAGUACCUUCAGAACUUCCAUCUUAUAUGCUAGCAAACGUACCUUCAUUCAAGCCAUCGAAUGUUCCGUCAUUUUCAAGUAUACCUUCAGCUAUCCCGACAACAACCAGUGAAAUUUUAACUUUGGCAAUGUCCAAUCUUCCGUCAAGCCUUCCCUCCGGCAUGAUGUCUGUACCAUCUGAUCUUCCUUCAAUUACACCGUCAAAUGCGGUGUUGGUAACAUCGAAAAGCCCAUCAAAAAUGCCAUCAAAUGCAACAUCAACGCCACCCUCCCAAAAUCCCAGCAGAACGCCAAAUGGCUAUCCCUCAUUCCGUCCAGAUCCUUGGCCCACACAACUCCCGAUUUCAAAAAUGCCCACAGCAUCACCUUUAUUUGCACCCACUUUUACCCAGAAUGAAGGCACUUGCGAUGGGGAUGGCUAUACUUUGAAUCCCUCUCAGGCUACGUUUCUUGCUCAAAACGAUCGUGAAGCGGACAAAAGGAUUGUUUUCAGCUACGAACUUCAUUUAUCAGAGAAUGCGACAGAAGCCCCAAUUAUUAUCGAAAGUGUCGAAAGGCGCAUACUUCAGGCCGUCCUAGGGGGUUACUGUAUCACUGGAGACAUGCGCAGGCUACAAGUUGCCCCCGUCUUCGACUCCAAUCCUCCAGAUUUUCCGGUUGGCUCUUGUGGCGACAAAUGUACCUUGGUAUACGGCUGGAUGAUGGCAACUGGGGAAGAUCCCGGCCUCUUUUGCAAGGUGAAACAAAUUAUUUAUGACUCUAUCAUCAGUGGCGCGUUGGAGGAUGUUGAUGGUGUCAGCGAGCUUGUUUAUAAAGAGGUUCGCGUAGCGCCUUGCUAUGUCUCGGUGGAUGGCCCACCGGGCGGUUCCAUUAGUGCAGUUGAAGGUAGUCGAUCCCGUCAAUCAAGUAACUCGGAUUCCUCACCAGUGGGGUUUGUAGCCGGAAUUUCCCUUUUCGCUGCUUUUAUUGUUUUUGCAGCGGCCGUGCUGGUAAUCAGAAAACAACAUCGCUCCAGUGAGGAAGCUAAUGUCCAGAAUCGCAGUGACAUCUCCCCGGAUAUUUAG